GCGCGCAGGCGCAGAAGCCGCAGGAGGCGUCGAUUCCAGUCACUCUUUCCCGGCUUCCUCUAUCCUUCUUGCCCCCUGGGUUACGGCUGUAGGUGACCCUUUCUCCAACCCCAGGGGGCCGGUGGCAGGUGACCAUGGAGAGUGCUAGAGGUGCGGAGCAGCAGGCGCCCGAGCAGAGCGGCCCAGCCGAGGGGCCAGCCCAGAACAUGGCUCCACAAGGGCCCCGGGAAGACCAGCGGCAGCUCCUCUAUCAUGAGGAAACUAUUGAUCUCGGUGGAGACGAGUUUGGGUCAGAAGACUCGAAUAACUUAGUGGACAAGCUCGACGAGCCCAUGAUGGAGAGCGUCCUCAUCUCUGAUUCCCCGAACAACAGCGAGGAUGGCGCGGGGGACCUGGGUUGUUUGCAGGAUGUCGUGGAGACUGCAGAAGGCGGCGCAGAUCACAGACGGGAAAGCGUCGUCGAUGAAGAAGCGCUGGACGCUCUGAGUGAUGAUGGUGAAAGUGAGGGAGAGGACACACCUAAAGACGUCUCGGACAUGACCCCCGACAGCAGAGCAUCGUUGAAGGAAGACCCAGAGCAAGAGGAGGUGAAAGACCUGCCCACCUUUGAGCACGAGGGUGCAGAGGACUUGGGCCCAGGGGACGUGAGGGCGCCCGCAGCGGGGCCGGCAUCAGGGCUGUCCCCCCGGCAGCCGUCCCCCAAAGACGAGCCGGUGCCCAUGUGCACCAUCUUCAGCCAGCCGCCGCCCGCCGGCUCCCAGCCCCAGGUCCUGCGCGAUGGCUUCGAGUCCCAGAUGGUGAAAUCGCCCAGUUUCAGCGGCGUGAGCGAAGCGGCCGCCAGGACCCCUCCUCAGGUGGUCCAGCCGAGCCCUAGCCUGAGCAAAUUUUUUGGCGAUACAACCAGCACUAACUCCUUGGCCUCGGACUUCUUUGAUUCCUUCACAACCUCCACCUUCAUCUCCGUCAGUAAUCCCAACGCCAGCCCUUCGAUUCCUGAAAGCUUGUCUUCACUCGCCGCUACCCCAGUGGGGGAAGACUCCCUGGGUUCUGCUGACCCUUCUUACUCCCCAGGGACGGAAAGAUCAGAGUCAGGUGUUUCCACAGCUUCUCUGGAAAUUCCUCAGUCUCCAAAACCGUUUUCACAGAUCCAGGCUGUGUUUGCCGGGAGCGAGGACCCCUUUGCCACCGCCCUGAGCAUGAGCGAGAUGGACCGGAGAAACGACGCCUGGAUUCCCGGGGAGGCGACCAGGAGCGUGCUGACUUCAGUCACCACCCAGCAGUGCAGCACGGUGUUCGUGGGCAAGGAGGACCUCACCAUGCCGGGCCUCAAGUUCGACAACAUCCAGGGAGAUGCAGUUAAAGACUUAAUGCUUCGCUUCCUGGGUGAAAAAGCUGCAGCAAAGAGACAGGUCUUAAACGCCAACUCGGUAGAACAGUCUUUUGUUGGAUUGAAACAGCUCAUUAGCUGCAAGAACUGGAGGGCAGCCGUGGACCUGUGCGGGCGGCUCCUUACGGCCCACGGCCAAGGCUAUGGCAAGAGCGGGCUGCCGACCAGCCACACCGCCGACUCCCUGCAGCUUUGGUUUGUGAGGCUGGCACUGCUGGUGAAGCUGGGCCUUUUCCAGAAUGCCGAGAUGGAGUUUGAGCCCUUCGGAAACCUGGAUCAGCCAGAUCUCUAUUACGAGUACUACCCUCACGUGUACCCUGGGCGUAGGGGCUCCAUGGUCCCCUUUUCGAUGCGGAUCCUACACGCGGAGCUUCAGCAGUACCUGGGGAACCCCCAGGAGUCGCUGGACCGGCUGCACAGGGUGAAGGCCGUCUGCAGCAAGAUCCUGACGAACUUGGAGCAGGGCCUGGCCGAGGAUGGCGGCAUGAACAGCAUGGCCCCGGAGAACAGACAAGCCUCCGUGCAACUGUGGCGGUCCCGCCUGGGACGGGUGACGUGCUCCAUGGCCAAUUGUCUGCUGCUCAUGAAGGAUUACGUGCUGGCCGUGGACGCGUACCGCUCGGUCGUCCAGUACUACCCCCACCAGGAGCCCCAGCUGCUGAGCUGCAUUGGCCGGAUCUUCCUCCAGAUUGGAGACAUAAAGACAGCUGAAAAGUACUUUCAAGACGUAGAGAAAGUAACACAGAAACUGGAUGGACUGCAGGGUAAAAUAAUGGUUUUAAUGAACAGAGCUUUCCUUCACCUCGGUCAGAACAACUUUGCAGAAGCCCACCGAUGCUUCACAGAGAUUCUAAGGAUUGACCCAGCAAAUGCGGUGGCCAACAACAACGCGGCCGUGUGCCUGCUCUACCUGGGCCGACUCAAGGACUCGCUGCGGCAGCUGGAGGCCAUGACCCAGCAGGACCCGCGGCACUGCCUGCACGAGAGCGCACUCUUCAACCUGACCACCAUGUACGAGCUGGAGUCGUCCCGGAGUCUGCAGAAGAAGCAGGCUCUGCUCGAGGCCGUGGCCAGCAAGGAGGGGGACUGCUUCAACACACAGUGCCUCAAGCUGGCCUAGUUCCCACCUGACGCCCGAGCCGACAACCCCCCGCCCCGGCGUCUGCGAGCCGGCCUUCUCCAUCCAGCCGAGGCCCAGGCCGCUCCGGCCGUUUGCACACGCGGGGUGAACAUAACCCAAGGGAGGGAGGGGGUCCAGGGCGCCUCGGCCCCUCCUGUGCAUUCCUGGAAGCUGACCUGCUUCGUGUGCUAAGCUGAGCCACGUAACACAAACCGUUCUCGCUCCGAGCCUGAAUGUUCUAGAGGAUUCACAGGUAGAUAGAUAAGGGGGAAGAGAGACCAUUCGUCCCCACCGGCGGCCCAAAGCGAACCGCGUCCACUCAGCUCCUUUCCCAGCCCGUGCUGCUCACCUCGGGCGGCCUGGUGAAGGGUGAACGAACCCGUCCUUCCUCCUCCUGCAUUUGCACAUCAGAGGGAGCGGGGGCGGGGACGCCUGGGGGUGGGUUCCGGAGAACUCGGGGCCCUACUGCACAGAACGAGGGCGGGCCUCACAGCGUGGACACUGUCCUCUCAGGUCUGAGGGUCAGGGCGUCUGCGGUCCUGUUUACACGGUCACUCCUGCUUUCAAAGUCUCUGAAGUACCUGAGUGCUUCUUCACUAAAGAACUCUGGCCAGGGUCCUUUAAAUAUCCAGCUAUUCUAAUACACUUUAAAAUGGAAUUCACUUUAAAGACUCUGAGAUAAACAUCUAUUGCGUAGAGCAGAGCGAAGCUGUAUUUCUGGUCAUUUUUGUAAUAGAAAGUAAAAAUACAAGUGCAGCGUCUACUGGGCAGAUGGUCCCAAUGCAAUUGUUGAAGUACAGCUUCAUUACACAUUAAAAUAGGAGAAAAAGAUGAGACCACCAAGAGGACUGUGGGGUGCCAAGGAGGUUCUAAAAUCGUCUCUUUUCAAGAAGAAAAAUCAGAACUCCUUAUGUUUCAAAAGCCCCAAAAUACGCCAUUUUAGUUUCUUCACCUUGAGGGUUUUCCUUCAAGUCUGGCGGCGGGUGCGGGGGGCAGAGGUGCUGGUUUACAAGGCUCGGCCUCCACCUUGAACCUGCGCGGGGCGGGAGGCGUCCGCUCGGAUCCCCUCGGAUUCCGGAACCGUCCUUCCCGGGUCCGCCGUGUACCGAGCGGGUAACACCACACAGGCUCCCGGGGGCGGAGGCCAAGCCAGUCAGAAACCGGACUCCAGGUUCCCCAGUAAAUCAGUAUUUGCAUCCUGGACGCACCCUCCCCGACCCCCAUUCCCUCCGGGGGCGUCGAGACAGGCAGGGAGAGCACUAAACCCCUGCCGUCUGGGGCUCGCUGAGGCUCCGCACGUUUGCAGAUCCUCAGAGGCAGCGAGGGAAGCGUGCCCCGGGUGUCUGUAAGGUCUGGGGUAACAGCUGUACCUUAUCUAGUUCGCACUCCGUUUUCCCUCCGCCCAUCACAGACUCCUGGGAAGCGCCCAGAAAGCUCUUCCCGCACAGGCUCCCCAAAACUCACAGUUUGAAGCCUUCACCCCAGCGUGACCGUCUGUGGAGACGGGCCUUCGAGGAGGUGACGCAGGUGAGGUGAAGUCACAGGGUGGGGAGGAGAGGCCACGUGCGGACUCGGCCAUGGAGCGAGGCCUGGGAGCAGCCAGCCCUGUGGCACCUGGAGCUCUGACGUCCAGGCCCCAGAGCCGCUAUUGGUGGCAUCUGUCACAGCAGCUGAGCUGGCAAGACACCCACUCCCCUUCCUGCGCUCCCUGCGCCAAUGCUGUGGGCAGCCUGCGGGGGAGCAGGGCCCCUGCCACCGCUCGCCUCCGCCCUUCCAUGACCUGUGUCCUGGACGGCGCGGGGCGGCCUGUCCGCUGUGGCACCCUCGGGCCUGGGACGGCCCUGCAGCCGGUGAGCCCAGGAGUGACUGAGCCAGCACGAGCCAGUCUGAGCCAGUCCAAGACGGGGCCAGCCCCCCCAACCCCCAGCCAAAUGCUCACCAGGCGGGAGACCUGUCAGCCAUGAACCUCGUGGGGAUGCACACCCAGACCUGGCUUGUAGGAGCAGAAAGAGAUGAGCUUUUCUGGAAAAGAAGUUUGCAACCGAGUCAAAAUUUUACAGUAGGGGAGUGGUUUCACUAAUUGCCCCAUAUUCCUAAGACGCGUUUAUGCAAGACCAUGUUUAAAAAGUUAAUGACAUGGAAAAGUACUCAAAAGAAAUGUAUAUUUACAUAAUACGUGCAUAUGUUAACGGAAGGGACUGAAAAGUAAUACUAGAUGUUAAAUCAGUCACAGCAAAAGGAUGAGCACAAUGGCAUUUUUAUUUGCCCUUCUGUGACUCUGAACCUCACAUUUUUCCACAUUGUGUGUGUGUGUGUGUUGUUUUUAUAACCAGAGGGGAAAAAAUCAUCAAAAUUGGUAAAUGUUUUGCCUUUAAAAAAUAAAAAGUGAUUUAAAAAUUAUA